AUGGAGGUCUGGGGCAAGCGCUUCCUGCUCUCUGAAAAGUUGCAGAGGUGCGGCAUUCGGACCGAGAAGCCGAUACGCGGUCACGCUUUACGCACCGUCAUCGUGGCGCGCCAGCUUCGCUGGACCGGUAUCGAGAGGGCUCGAUUGCGACUUGACUUUAUCUUGUACCACCACCAUCUCAUGUCACCUCUAUCUCGUACUCAUAGCAGUCAUGGAAGGCUGUCACCGAAGGCCUCCUGUACGGGACCACUCUCAUCGCGCCGCAGUGCUAAGCGCACGUAUUCAUAUAGUGCAUGUAGCCCGUCUUACGACAAUCGCACAACCAUACCUGGCCCCGCUUGCGAUCCUGAUCCGUGGAGGUUAGCAAAACGCGCUCGUCUGGUGAGAACAUCAUCUUUCGUCGAAGCGGCGACUGCACCGCGAUUCAACGCAGCAAAACUAUCGCGCAAUACUGCUUCAAUCAAAACCACUCUUGCUACCACUUCGACUGCUUUUGGUCUGCCAUCGCCCCCGAUCCGCAGACUGUGCCGCUCGCGACUGGCAGCAGCCCCAUCGCCCUCUACGCGCUUGAUCGAGCGACCUCGCCCUAAUCUAGAUGGCAUCGUGCAUCUCAGCUCUCAAGCGUUCACAGAGCUGCGGAAAAGCGUCGCUCAAGUCAACGAGGACUUCGUGCACCGCAUGCGUGCUUGGGAGGCAGAGCGUACGCAAACGCUGUCGUCCACAGCGUCCAAUAUGACCGGUGGCGAGAGUCCCAUGCAAUUGGAUGAUGCGGAGACUAGCGGCGAGAUGGGCGACGAUGAGGAUAUCGAGAUUAUUUCCAACGAGGGCCCAUCACACGAGAGGUCAGCCUAUGCCUCACAUUGUCCGCCGCAAAUAUGGGCUUCUUUACCCGCCCGUACUUCCGCGAUGGCAGACAAGGAUGCAGCAAUGUCACCGGUUCCAGCUGCCAUAUCUACGCGCUCAACGAGGCGAAACUCGUUCUCUGUAAUAUACAACCCACCCAGCUCGAUGUCCAAGCCGAGGCGCGAAGAACGUGUAGACAGGGCCCUCGAUGCGCUGAGCCUCGCGAUGUCAACCGGCGCGGGUGGGAUUCGCGACUACUCCGCAGUCUGGGACGUCUUGGGUGUGGAUCCAAGCUGUGGUGUCGGGGACAUCGGCGGCAUGUGGGAUUGA